AUGGAUGAACUAGAAUCGGCCCUAACACCACCAGAAACUGGAGAUUUCGAUACAGAAUCGGACGAUUUCAUAGAAGAUACCCUAAAUGAGCUGUCCGACUUCGAUGAAGAAAUAAACUUCGAUGCCUUCGAGAACCCAAACGAAGUGCGACAACGACUAUCCCGCCGAGAAUCCCGUCUUUCUCAAGUCUCCCAGACAGGCCGCAAGAAGGGCAAAAGAAAGGGGCAGCGACAAAGCAAAGUCUGGAAAAAGGGGUGGCAGCGAAAAUGGACAAGUUCGAAGCGAUGA